UGUUGCAGUGGGACUGAAGCAGUGGGGAAGAGGAGAAACAGGAGUUGGGUGAACCAAAUAGUUGCUGGGUAGGUUUGAAAUAACAGACAGGAGGAGGCAGCGGUUUGUUGUAGCGUCUGUGCAGAGUGAGUCGGUCUGUUCCCAGAAGACACACAAGGAAGAUGAUCGACAGAGUCCUGCUGCCCAUCAUCCUCCUGCCCUGUGUCUGUGGAUCGCUGAUCGUGACGGUGUCACAGAGCUUCCAUCAGGCGGAGGAGAACAACAGCAUCACUCUGGAGUGGAACUUCACCACCAGAACGAACAGCUCGCCCAGUCUGCUUUCUGUCUUCUGUGACCUGAUAGCCGAUCAGGAGCUCUCAGUCCUGUAUCGUGUGCAGGAUGGCGUCGAGGUCUCAGAGCUUCAGGAUAAACGGUUUGCAGGGCGAGUCUGGAGCGACAGCGAUGCCCUCGCAGAAGGACGAAUCGCGCUUCAGCUGUCUGGCCUGACGACUCACGACUCAGGUCUGUAUGUGUGCAAAGUGAGCACGGAUCACGGCUACGGCUCUGACAGCUGCCGGCUCAACGUCACCGCAGCAGGGGACCUGAUCCAACCUGAGACGUCAACCGCAGGACUGGUCGGCAUCUUCGUGGGAAUAGCUUUGAUGGGAAUGACGGUGCUGGUUCUGUUCUGCUAUCUGUUCAUUCACUCUCUGCUUAAAGAGCAGGAUUACGACUCAGAGUCCAGUUACGAAGCUGAGAAAACUUUCAGUGCGUCAGACGGAUCACUUUAAAAUGAGUCCGUUUGGUUUCUCGGUGCAGGGAGGAUGUGUGCACGGGCGUGCUUAUGGCUGCCCCGGCGUCAGGAGCCAUUUCCGUAGACGAACCUCACCCCUCAUUAGCUCGUGAAGGCUGCCGUUGGUCAGAAAAUAAAGCCAAACAGAUAAAAACUAUUUUGGAUCAAACUUAUUCAGCUGUGAUGCAAACCUGAUGCAGAGGAGAAAGGAAAGGGAGACAUUUCUCACUCGUCUCACAGCAGAUUGCAUGAAAAUAGCAGCAACUUCAUUGAAGACAGCAAAAGGUGAAAACGUGCAGCUCAGUGCUUCCUCAUAUGAAAUAUAAGAAAAGCUGUUUAUAAACAGGCAAAAAUAGAACAUGUGAAACAGGUUUAGUGGAAAAAGAUUAGCAGAGGCAGAAAUGGUCAUACACAGGCAUGAAUGGUUGACAGUAGCGUCAUUUAUUUUGCUGGAAUAACUCAAACAGGUCAGGUCAGUAGCAGUGUGCACAUUUCACCAGCAGAUGGCAGUGCUUACAUUACACGUGGAGCUCAUAACGUGACUCUUAUCAUUUUUGGUCAUUUUCAUAACCUUUAACAGCUUUAAUAUGAAAUUUACAUUUCAUGAAACUAAAAAGAAACAAUGGAUAAAAAAGACAGUUAUUUUUAACCUGUUUCACUGACAGUUCAUUUACAGUUUCAGCUCAGUCAGGAUGUUUUGCACGAGCAGUGAUGGAGGACGGUGUACCUGUGAGGGAGGUUUAUCCAGCUCAUGUUUAUGGUCGGACGAACACAGAGGAGAUUUCUUAGCCUUGUAGAUCCAUAAAAGAGAUUAUUAUCAGUAGAUCUCCACAGAUUUUGACAAAUGCUUCAAAUGACGGAUUCCAAGAUAAUUUCAAAAUAAUUCUCUUCGCUGCCUUUUAAAACUUCAUUAUCCUCACAGCUCUCACAGUGAUUACACAGACUCUGCUCUGCCGUACUGCUUGCUGAAAAAGCAGUCCAGGUUCAGAGGUGUGUGUACGUGUUUAGACAUCUUUGUGAGGACAGAAAGUUUGCCAUGCCACUAUACUUGUGGGGACCAACAGUCACUCCCCAUGAGUUUACAGACAUGUUUGAGGCUCAAAGUGUGGUUUUAGUGUCAGGGUCACAGUUAGGCUAUGGUUAGGUUUAGGCUCAGCGUUAGUUCAUGUUUGAUGGUUUGGUUAAGCUGCAAGAGAAAACAUUAUUUCAAUUAAUGUCCUCAGUACGAUGUGAAAACGAGUGUGUGUGUGUGUGUGUGUGUGUGUGCAUAUAUUGUGACUUCCAGUCAUCAGCUGCAGUGCUGAAAGUAUAAAAGGCAAAAGGUUCUUUUAUAAACAAUAAACUUGAUUUUUUAAAUUGUC